AUGGGUCAAAUGUGUGCAAAGUGUGUCCAGCUGCUGUAUGACUUUGCUCUUUCAGUGAAAAUGCUGUCCUCAAGUCUAGUGCAGGACAUUAGGGAAUGUUUGGCUCAAAUAUAUGACUGCCCAUGCCUAAAGCGAAGAAACUUUGAAACUAGGCAACUAUACAAGCCUGCCCUUCAGAGUCAUGAAGAGGAAAUUGCCCAGGAGUUUCUGCAGCACAUUGAAAGAGGUUUUGAAAUGUCACCACUUGGCAAGGUCUCCCUGGAGGCUCUGAGGACCUUGUCAUUUUCUGAGGACUCUGGCCUGCAAAAGUCUGCUGCUCUCUAUUAUUUACAUGUAGGCCAGAACUUGAACAUACAACUGCCUCCAGAGCAUUUGGAAACCUAUUACGCUUUGCUGAAGUCUAAUGACUUGGAGGUUCAACAGAUUUCAUCUUUGUCCCUUGUCAGUUUCUUACUGGAAGGAAAUGUAUCUAAAGAACAUGUUGUCCAAAUGGAUUUACUUGAGCCAAUUCUGGAACUGCUUGAGUCAGAUGACUCCAUUCUCCAGUGUAAUUCAUGUGCCUGCAUAAUGACCCUAGCAGUUUCAGAUUCCAAUCGAGAAUUGAUUGCUGCAGCAGGAGGAAUUGUACCCCUGCUUGCCCUUUCUAAAUCUUAUGAUCUGAGAGUCCAACAAAAUGCACUUGGAGCCAUUUUCAACCUCACACAAUCAGAAUGGAUCCAGCAAAUUUUGUGUCAACAAGGGGCUCUCCCAGUUCUCACCCUUUUGUUAGAAUCUCCAGAUUCAGAAAUACAGUACUAUAGCUGUGCUGCCCUAAGCAACAUGGCCACAAAUUCUCACCACCACAAAGCCAUGCUGCAAAUUGGUGACAGGUUUCUUCUACGGAUGCUCUUUUCUCUCCUCUCUUCAUCUGUGGACAAGGUUUCAAACCAGGCUUGUGUUUGUCUCAGGAAUUUAGCCACAAAUGAGAACAUUCAGACCAGCAUUGUUGCUAAGCACAUUUUGCCUCACCUGUGCCCUCUCCUUGCAUCUAACAAUACAGAGAUUCAACAGAAUUCCAUCAUUCUCCUCCGGAUGUUAUCCCAGUCCCCAGCCAAUCAGGAUGCACUAACAUGUGCUGAAGUGCUGCAGAGUUUAGGGAAGCUGUUGCUUACCUGGAAAACAGACCCAGUGAUCAUUGGUCAUGCUGCCUGCUUCAUCAAAAAUCUAAGCCUUUCUAAAAGCAUACAAAGAGUGUUAGAAAGUCCAUGCAUUAAAGGACUCAUUCAAGCUCUCCACAGUGUGAAAUUCCUAGAAGAGGAAUCUCUUUGCUGUGUGACAUCCUGUCUUGCUGAGCUGGUGAAACAUGAAACAGCUGCAGUGUACAUGCUGGAAUUGAUGGAUGGACCACUGAUGAGUUGUCUAGUGAGACUGGCUGACCAAGUGGAACAAACAGAGCCUUCUUUUCAAGCUGCCUUCAUGAUCAAACACAUGUUACAACACGAAGAAGUGGUGUCAAUGUUGAAAUCCAGUAUGGACAAUGUUCAGCAAAUCCUCCUGAAGUAUCUUACUCACCAGGACAUGCGCUUUCAGCAUCUGGGCGUAUCCAUUCUCUGCAUUUUACAAAAAGAUCCAGAGUUUUCAUCAGCAUUCAGCCAGAGCCAGUUGAAAACACACCUUGACCAAGUCCGUAAACAAACUGAAGAAAUGCAAGAGCUACUCAAGAUUGCUAUUAGCUAUAUGGAGUCGUGAGAAACCUUUUGACCCUCUGCCAAUGUUUUCUGGAGAAUAGAUUUUUAAGCAACACAGACUUGGCUUUAGGUGAUGCAAAUCUCUGUGUGGCCCCCUUGUAGCUUAUGGAUAGGCAGCUGAUUUGAAAUGUGUUCUAGCUCACAUGUUACGA